UACCUUGUCAAUACUUCAAAGAGUUGAAUGUAAUGGAGUGCUAUAUGUUUAAUAUAUUAAUAAAUAAAUAUUAUCUUUAUUAGAUUAUCACAUUAACGAACAUAGAUGAAUCUUUACCUCAAAAUCAGUCUACUAUAAAUAAUACCUCGUAAAAAAUGUAAUAUUGUACUAAUCGACAAAAUGACGUCUGUGAAAGAUUUUGGGAAGGCUUGGUGGACAGAAGUUUACAAUCGCAUUAUUGGUGCUGUGGUAUUUCUUGAUGACUAUAGCGCUGAAUGUCUUCACUGGUAUGGGGGACUGUUUAACCUCUUAACUGGAGGUGCUGUAGCAGUCAAAACUUUAUCGCCGUUUGAAUUUUGCAAGAAGGAGCAUAGGAAAGCUGUUUUUAUAACCCAAGCAACCAGUACUCAGCUGCAAACUAUAAAGGAGAUCAUACGCAACAGUGAUUUAACUCACUGCAUUUUGGUAUCAUGUGCUAGCCUAGAUGUAGUCUAUUUAGAGUUGAAUGAGGGUAAAGAUGUCACUGAUGCCAUAGCCUCAGGCAAGGCUCCUGCUGAGGCAACUAAGCAAUUGGAAGAAAUGCUUUUAGACUGGAUUGGUAAACAGCCCAGUGCAGUUGAGGCAGUAUACAUUCCAAUAUUUUCAAUUGCACCUACAAAUGUCAUAUUUCUAACACCACCAUAUCAUAGCAUGUGUCCCAAAUAUGAUGGGAAACUAUUACCAGAGUCAUCAUCAAUAGAUCUGUAUUCCUUACAAAAUGAAGAGAGGUCUAUGCUAAGAAGAUUAGCUGGUGGUUUGAAUAGCAUGUUUGAUUCACUGAAUUAUAAAGAGGAUAUAUUCUACAUUGGACAGUAUAGUUCUUUACUAGCUGGAGUGUUGGAAAACUCACCUGUCUCUGUUGCUAGAAAAAAGAAUUGUUCAAUUCCCAUAUCAUUGGUGAUUGUGGAUCGCACACUGGAUUUAUGUGGAGUUACGAGUCACUCCGUGGAGUCUGUACUGGACAAAAUGAUGGGAAUACUUCCUAAGUUUCCUGGCCAGUCUAACGAAAUUGCUGUUGACAUGUCAGCACUCUGUGAAGCCAAUGUCAUUUCUCAUCCAGAAGAUGUGCAGUUAAGUCCAGGUUGUUUGUUCCAUGCAAAUGAUGAUUCCUGCUUGCAAACCUAUGACUAUAUGAUCAAUAAAUCUCAAAAGGAAGUUAUGUUUGAUCUCUACAACAAACUGUCCAAAAUUGAUGUGCAGAAGUCACCAGGACCAAAGACUUUAUUGAAAGUAACACCGCAAAGUGUUGAAAAAAUUAUUACAGCUUCUAAAGGAAACUAUGAAAUAAUAAGCAACCACCUGGGUGUAUUGCAACAAGCUCUUGGUGUGGUACAAAUGCUGAAAUCUCCAAAAAGGGUUCAGUUUGACUUGUUGAUGAGUUUGGAAAGGCAGGUUAUAGAAAACCUUGCUGCUAGCAGAGACUCAACAAGUGUACUACAUCAGCUCAGUCACCUAAUAAAAACGCGUAAAGAUCGAAACUUGCCACUAGGAAACCUCUUAGCUCUUCUAGUCCAUGUAUACUCACUCACUGGUACUGAAGUGAUGUUCAACAAACAGCAUGAAGAUCACCUUCAGGAAACCCUCAAUGUUGCCAUAUUUGAAGAUCAUAAAACACUGUUUAACAAUAUGGAUAUUGGCCCUGUAACACCGGAGAGCAGUGAGAAAAUAUCGAAAAAUAUCAUGAACUCUUUGAAAGAUAUAUCACUGAUGAGGAAGAAUUUGCAAAGGUACAACUCUGUAUUGAAGCCGUGUGAGAGUGGAAUCGGUCAUGAGUACCGCGGGGUCCUGCAGCAGCUGGUUGAUGAUCUUGUUAAUACAGAACGACCAGACAUACCUGACCUGCGGCAUAGGAAUGAAGGGAUAAAGGAUCUGCUGCGAAGUGGACUGAAUAUAUUAACAAGCAAGAAAUCCAAAGUAGCCAAACAUCCAAUGGACAAUCAGACAGUGAUAAUAUUCAUCAUCGGUGGGAUCACGGCUGAUGAGUGCAAGCAGCUCCACCGCAGCAUCAUCACCAGCGGAAUAGAUAAUAACGUGAUCAUCGGCUCCACGAAAUUCGUGACUCCGGUGGAAGCUAUGAAGGAUGUGUUGUUAUAGCAGUGUUUGUUCAAGUGAGACUCGAGAAAGACUUGGCGCUUUAAGAGACAGAAGUGGUAGUGCUGAGUCUUGGAGUUUUUGGAUUGUAUAGUGUGGUUGUAAGACAUAGUUACAUGGGUGUUUCUAAAAAUUAUAUUGAAUACAUCUGUGGUUACUGUGCAGUAUGGUUAAUUAGAGAAUUCAAAAUUGAUUCAAGUGUUAUGUAAAUUUAAUUUAUGCGUUGUUUUGCUGAAAAUAUUUUGUAUGUACAUGAGUCCUGCAGUUAUACUACGGUCAAGAACUAUGAAGAAUUUCCUAUAUUAACCUGGUAUGACCUGUCUCAGUCACUCCUGCGUAUAAAUUAUAUAAUGACCCCUUCGCACGUAAGCAACGAGUGAGUGGGACGUAUUGUUUUAACGUAGGAGCGACAGAGAUAGGUUAUACCAGGUCAAUGCACGAAAUUCUUCGUAGUUUGUGACCAUACUUUACCAUAAAAUUACCCAGUGCAGUGAAAAUGUGUUACAUUAUUAGGGUCUGUAAAUAAAAUAACCAAUUAUGUCUAGGUGUGUUGUUAUACUAUAUGCUAUAUGUUUAAAUGUAUUGUUAUUUUUUUGGUAUUAGGAUAGAGUUUGUAGUGUUUGUGCACACACAUAUAUGCAUAUACAAUGCAAUACAAAUGCAAAUAAUAAAGCGAUUUUACCCCGGUUUGGACCAUUGUCCAUAUAUAGUUCUCAAGCAUUCCUGAGAUUAGUGCGAUCAAACAAACAAACUAUCUCUUCAGCUAUACUGAUAACUUAGGAGUUCAUUUUAGUUUUUAAUAAUAGUGACAGACUAGUCUUUGAGAAGAGACAGUAAAGUCUCUUUCAAAAUUUCUCAGAGACAGUAAUAUGUAUAAUAAUUAUUCUUGUAAAUAUAAGAAUCGUUUAAGUUUUAAAAAUAAAAAAUGUAAGGAUUACGCUAAAUUAUCUAGAUUUUAAACCCAUAUUUAGCGAUUAGUAUUAUAUUUCAAAAAUUAUGUGUUUGGAUUAAAGUGUUGAUCAAUUGCUUGUUGGAAAACAAAGUGGGAUUCGAAUCAUGCGUUGCGUUUUUUUUUUCAUGCAAUAUAUAAUAGGUAUAAUAUAUAGAUUUAAAAAUUUGUUGGUAAGUUGUUAAAGAAAUGAAUGAAAAAAUGUACUUUGUACGAUUUUUACUAUAAAUAACGUCUGUUUACGUGAUCUAGUUUGUUGCUUGUGAGUGCCCAUGUAAUAAUAAAAAAUAGGUGGAUGAAGACAUUCAUGAUUAUUAUAAAUUAUAUGUAUUCAAUCCACCCAGAAUUUAGAUGCUUUGUAAAAUUUAACAUGUGGAUAAGGUUGAAUGUAUUUUAUUGUAUACUAACUAGCUUUUGAUGCGGAGUAGUUUAAUGGAUGUUAUUAUACAUAUAAACCUUACUCUUAAAUCAUUGUAUUUUCAAUCAUCAAAAUCCGAUGUUUAGUUUUAAGGAUUUAUACAUACAUAGGGAUAUAGGGACAGAGAAAACGACUUUGUUUUAUAUUAUAUAGUGAAUCAUGAGCGAAUUUAUGCUUCCUUUUUUGAUUUGAUUUGAUUUUGACGUUUUGUGAAUACACCUUAACGUAAAUCCAAGCUCUAUUUUCCUUUAACGGUAGUUUUUUUCAACUAGAAUUUGACAAUCACAUAUCAGGACCAACUUUCAGUUCGUUUUUGUAUAAGAUCGUGUAUCUAGAAGGUCUAUGGUUUUAAAGAUCAAAGUGAACACCUCACUUUUUCAUAUGUAAUAUAUAAAUACCAAAUAUUAAUAAAAUCAAAUUAGAAAUUGAAUUUGACGCUUUUUAGUAAGCAUUAAAAUACUGGUUAGAUUAAAAAUUAAUGUACAUUUACAUAUUAUUUCCUUGUUCUUAAAUAAUCAUGAUAUUAUAUAAUUACUAUAUAGUCAUAAUUGUGCAAUGCAAUUACAAUGCAAAAAAGUAAAUAAAUUAUUAAUUUGUGUG